GGGGGCAAUUAUUACAACUGCCCACAUUUUAGGUGACCAUCUCCGAAAUCCCUCCCAUUUGCACUUGCAAACUCAUGCUUCUGCUUUUCUUUCUCGACUCAAAAUCAAAACCGUUUAUGAUAACCUCGGCCGGUUCAACGUCAACCGGUUCUCUCAUCUCCAUUUACACGGAUCUGAUCAGAUAAACAACUCCACUCUAAAUCCACAAUUCAUUCUUUCAUUAUUCUUUCGUCAUUCAUUUCCGUUUUUCAUUUCUUCAUUUCGCCUAAAACGCAGUCGUUGUAGCUAGAUUUCAUCAGCUCAGAACUACCAGACCUGUGCAUUGAUCUUCAAUUUGUUUCGAUUUGUUCGUUUUCUGAGCUCAUUUUAGCUGAAUUCUUCUCUUCCACGAUUCGGUGGUGUUUGUGAAAUUGAUGAAGUAGACAGAAGCUGAAUUGAAGGCAUUUUGAGGAAGAUGACGUCGGGGACGAGAUUGCCGACAUGGAAGGAGAGAGAGAACAACAAGAGAAGAGAGAGGAGAAGGAGAGCUAUUGCGGCGAAGAUAUUCGCCGGUCUCAGGAUGUACGGUAACUACAAGCUCCCGAAGCACUGCGACAACAACGAAGUCCUGAAAGCUCUCUGUAACGAGGCCGGUUGGACCGUCGAACCCGACGGCACCACCUACCGUAAGGGAUGCAAGCCUCUGGAGCGCAUGGAUAUAGUGGGUGGAUCUGCUGCUGCAAGUCCAUGCUCAUCUUACCACCCAAGUCCUUGUGCUUCCUACAACCCAAGCCCUGGAUCCUCUUCUUUUCCAAGCCCAGCUUCUUCUUCCUAUGCUAAUCCUAAUGGUGAUGGGAGUUCCCUCAUUCCAUGGCUCAAAAACCUCUCAUCUGCAUCCUCGUCGGCUUCCUCUUCCAAGUUUCCCCAUCUAUUUAUUCAUAGUGGCUCUAUCAGUGCUCCCGUUACCCCACCAUUGAGCUCUCCAACAGCCCGAACCCCUCGAAUCAAAACCGACUGGGAGGACCAAUCUACCCGCCCUGGCUGGAGUGGGCAGAACUACACUUUCUUGCCUUCUUCAACUCCUCCAAGCCCUGGCCGCCAGAUUGUUCCUGAUCCAGAGUGGUUUGCUGGGAUUCGCCUUCCACAACCUGGGCCAACCUCUCCUACAUUCAGCCUUGUUGCCUCAAACCCAUUUGGCUUCAAGGAAGAAGCUAUAGCUGGUGGUGGCUCCCGCAUGUGGACUCCUGGGCAAAGUGGGACAUGCUCUCCUGCCAUUGCAGCUGGCUCUGAUCAUACUGCUGAUGUUCCAAUGUCUGAAGUAGUAACUGAUGAGUUUGCAUUUGGAAGCAAUGCAAUGGGGCUAGUGAAGGCUUGGGAAGGAGAGAGGAUUCAUGAAGAAUGUGGAUCAGAUGAUUUAGAGCUCACUCUUGGGAGCUCAAGGACCAGGUGAGCUGGAAUCAAUGUUUGAUGAGGUAUAUCAAUUUCAACUGUUUCUUUACUUCAACCACCCUUGCUGUGCUGCAGAUAAAGAACUACACAAGGGUAACUGACUUUUAUUAUAUGGACCUUGAAUCCAUUCUGGUACUUCUAUAGAAUCCUAUAACUAAGGGGAUCAAGGUGAGCUUGAGCAAACACUAUCAUGUUUUAUAUUCUUUUCAUUUUUAUGUUAAUUUGUAUUUUUUUUUUUUUUUAAAUUAUUACUAGCUAGUUGUCCAAGGCUUGACCGUCUGGGGGUGGUGGUUUCACAACCCUUUCAUUUGGUCAUGCCCUUAAAAGCUAAAAUUUAUUGAUAUACUUGUAUGAAGUAGCCAUCCUUAAAUUUGGGUUUGCCAUUGAAUUAAUCUUGAUGAGGCUACAGAUUGGGAUUGUAACUCAAGGGCUGAAUCAUAUGUGAAAAUUUUGGAUAGAGUGGACUUUUACCA